CAUUAGUCGAGGACAGUCGAGUUCGUCUCUGCGAUACGUGCGUGUUAAAGUUCGUGCCUAGUACCUUGCACUAAGGAACCCAGAAGCGAGCGAGCGCGGUUUUUGUGUAAAGUGGUGCGCUUCCGCCAGUUAGUCAGCCUGCUUUGAUUUUCGUAUUCUUUGUGGGCUUUCGUCUUCCGUUUGGACGCCGGGGUUUGGCUUCCGCAGCCUACUUGAUGGAGUUCCCACAUGGUGACGCCGGGAUCGAUUUUUAUCUUGUCACACGCUUAUUGGCGCCACGCUGAGUUGAUUCCGGAAAAGGGGGGCACGAUCGCGCGCUGCUGGAAAAAAGGUCGAGAAACUGUACGCGCUGUCACACGCCGACUGAGGAGUUAAAUAUAGAUUUUCCACGGCACGGUUCGGCACGAGUGUUUCUGCACCAGCAAAGCCAACUAAUCAAUCGAUUUUUUUUGUGAGCGAAAACUCGAAGAAGAGGAGAGAGUGGAGUGGUGUAGCAGAUGGUGCAAAGAGGAAAUGAAGCUGAAAAAGCUGAACUAGUGGUGGGAAAAGCUUAAUCGGGAAGCGAUGGAUGCACCUUCUGGGAUCGUUCCAGUGAUACGAAAUAAAGCUAUCGAGUGCUGUCUGCAAGAAGGGAUUUUGAGAUAUCGUUUUAAAUGAGUCAUACGUUGAACGUUGCAUUGUUAGCGAUACACAGGAAGUGUGCCUAAAGAAGGACCCAGCCAACUGUGUUUGUGUUAUGAGAAUUUUCGUUACUGCGCAAACGCGAAACUCGAGAGCCUGUCAAACUAGAACACGCCACCUUUGAUGCAACAGUGUCGUCGGAAGGGGCAAGUUUAGUGAAUGAAAUAGUUUUUUUCCCUCUACUGCACGAGAUUCGCCGAAACAGCAUCCUAGCCAGUCGUUUUGACGAUUUUCCUGUACACACUUUGUUCCGCAUGUGUGCAGGCUGUGUAUUGCCCGCCUUAACAGCGCUGUAGUUGUAGAAGCGAGCAAAACCGAAGAAUAAAUAAAGCAAAAAAUAUAUCGUGUGUAUCGUGUGAGUCUCAAACAGAGAAUAGGCAGAUACACAGCAGUAGUAGAAAGACGAGAGUCGUCCGACGACGACACAGCGCGCCGAGAAUCUCUUUAGUCAUCUAAGAAGCAUUGAGGAAUACAGAACGGGCAGUGGAGCGGACGAUACCACGUGGUCCGUACGAGCGUUCACCGUGGGUGUGCGUCGCGCGUUCUCUUUGUUCGCGGCGUGACGACAAAACCUGAGGGACGGACACGGGGAGCCUCCCGGAAGAAAGUGAAACCGAACGUGAAAGUGUGUCAACAAUAGAGCUCUGGCCAAUUGUCCGUAAUCCGAACAAAAGCCCCUCGCGGAUGAGUCGAAAAUUAGUGAGUGAUGAUAUAAUCAAAAGCUUCUCUCUUCCCGCGAGCCGAGCCAAACUGGUGUCAAUGAAGAAGCUUAGCGAAUAAAAAAAAAAUACAAGUGCAUACCCCUCGAAAAGUGUGAAAGUGUGGUGAAAGUGUAUUUGGAUACAUAGAGAGCGCCGUUACAUCAAAUGCGCCAGAUUUAGCACCGAAUAUCGUCAAACUCUCGAUACUUACAAACCCCGGCAACAAAAAUGUCCCUGGAGCUGAUAUUGGUGGCCGCCGCUGUUGUGGCCCUCUUUGGGUUCGUUCUGUUCGUUCGGACUCGAAUGCGAGAAAAGAAUGACGCAUCCAACCGAAACGAAAAGAACGAAGACCGAAAGCAAAAGCACGGUAAUCGGACCCCAACAGCAGGAAACGAAGCAGCUGCCUCCGGCGGGGCUCCAGCACCAGCUGGCAAAACCGGCGGUGGUGGCAGGAAAGUCGCUGUCUCGAGCAUUUCGACGAAUGUCAAAAAGCAACGUACGGCAGAUGCCAACUACCAGCACCCAUGGCUGUACACGACACUCAAAGGACACACCGGCCAGGUGUUCGACAUGGACUUUUCCAGGAACGGGAAGUACCUGGCAACGUGUGCUGAAGAUUCGCCUUCAGCACAAUCGAGCAACGGCAAUCAUUUAAUUAAUGUGAAUAUUAAUGCAAAUGAUGAGCGCAAUACUUCUGCUGCUACUACAUCCACAUCUUCGGCCUUCGGCGAUGUAAACGACGUGGUCUCCAGCAGCAGCAGCAGCAACGCAAGUAGUGGAAGUACCAGCAGUGGCAGCAGCACUCGUGGUGAAGAUUCGCCAAAUGCCCCAGGCGCAGGCAAAAAGCAGCGGAAAUAUACGAAGAAGAAGCAGCAGUACAAAAAAUCCAACGGCAACCACGGCAGUAGUAACAGCGGCAACGCCGGCAAUUGUGCGACCAAUUUGCGUGUCUGCGGUGGCGAUGACGACCCUAUCGGGACGGAUCCAAAAGUGGUUACCUCACCGGUCAAAAGUACUCCAGUCGUCGCAACGGUUGUGGCUCAGUCGGCGUCAUCUUCUUCGUUGUCGUCCUCGUCGUCGACCGGCUCUUCCUCUAGUGGGGGCAAGCAGCAGCAGCAUCAUCAUCAUCGUCAGCACGAAAAAAACUCGAGUUACCAAGGUCGCCUGGAUUUCAACGGCGGUCGGACUUCGCCCCAGCGCGGCGACAACAGUAAAAGGUAUCACCAAAGAAACGCAGGACUGUCGCCGUUGCGCCAGUACGUGAAGUUGAAUCUAAGCGAGAACGAGCUCGUCAAGUACCUGAGCAAGUACGUGCUCGAUAAGGACGUGAUGAAGGAGCUGGGGUUCCCGGUGGAGUACGGGCUGGACUCGGACAAGGCGAUAAUCUACAAAUUUGCGCACGAUUUCUUCCGCCCGGCGGCGGCACAGUUUUAUCCCCGAUCGGUGGCGUCCAGCAAGAAACGAAGCCACGAGAUAGUGGAGGCGGACAAAAGUGACGACACGGACAGCGGACACUCUUCGCCGACCAACGUGGACGACAGCGAUUCGUUGCUGGUGUAUCGUAGCUUGUCGCAGGGCAAUUCUACCGCGCUCAAGUCACCGCUGAGCGAUAUUGAUAUCGAGCCGAGCGAGGAACGUGAAUGCUGUCGCUGUAACAAAGGGUUCUUCAUCACGCUGGACGGGGAAUACUUGACUCAGGAGCACUGCAUUUAUCACUGGGGUAGGUUGACGCGGGUCUUCAGCGGGGCCGAGUUCAAGAAGGUGUACUCCUGCUGUAAUGGAGACGCGGACGUGAAAGGAUGCACCAUUAACAAGCUGCACGUUUGGACGGGACUGCUGCCGGGCUUCAACGGACCGUUCGACGGAUUUGUCAAAACGCAACCCUCGCCGAGGAAGCUGAAACUGUUUGAAAAACUGCUGUUGAACAAGUUUUACUACCAAAACAUGAACGCAGAUUGCAUCGAUCUGCUGCAGCAAGAAGAUCUGAUCGUGGACGACAGCGAAAGCGACGGCGUCUACGCCCUCGACUGCGAAAUGUCCUACACGGGUCGAGGCCUCGAGCUGACCAAGGUCACCGUGGUGUCCGUCGACGGCCAGCUAGUGUACGAGCGUCUCGUUAAACCCGACAUCGAGAUCGUCGACUACAACACGCGUUACUCGGGCGUCACGGAAGCGGACUUUGCCAACCCGCGCCAAUUCGUCACGUUGCGGCAAGUACAAAGGGAUCUCCUCAAAUUUAUCUACGAUGACACCAUCCUAAUCGGACACGCCAUCGAGAAUGAUCUAAAAGUAUUAAAAAUCAUCCACAAAACUGUGAUCGACACGUCCAUCACGUUCCCGCACAUGAACGGAUUCCCGUUCCGGCAGUCGCUCAAGUCGCUCACCAAAAACAUCCUCAAGCGGGACAUUCAAAUGCAGCAACAGCAGCAGGAACAACCCGUCUAUGACAAGAGCAGUAGUAGAAGUAGUAGCACCAUAAGUAGUAGCAAUUCAAUCGGCCACUGUUCGCUCGAGGACAGCCGCGCUAGCCUAGAACUUAUGCUAUGGCGGGUCCGCAAGGACAAGGCCGUGUACGACAACAUCUGGAAUAACAACUGUUAUCGAAUGCAGAAUAACUAAAAGAAGAGAGAAAAAAAGCUGUGAUUAUUUUUUUAAUUUAUUAAUUUUUAAAUCCCACGACCCUGCAAAAGCGCAGGGGGAAACCACUAGUUGUACAUUACCUAAGCGACUAAUAAAAGAAAGAUACUGAAUAGUCAUUUUGUUGUCGUGUUUUUCGCACUGUGGGAACCUCGCGAGCGAGCAAGCUUUCUAGAGUUGAGCUCAUUGUUCUCUCGCGUGAAAUCGGAUUAUUAUGAAGCGUGCCAGUUCUUAGUUCGUUACCAAGAGAUUACACAACCCCCUCCGCUACGCGGCGCACUCGUUACAAGCGACAACAUAAUCCGUCCUUUUCAACCAAAUUGACUAUCACGUUAUCACUCUAAUUCUUUUGCAAGCCAUGCUGAUUUGGUUCGGUUCCUAGAAAACAAACAAACAAACAUAGUUUUAGCAUUAAAUAGUCAUGUUUAAAUUGCAAACUCAUGCAAAAAAAAAUCAAAGACUGUAUUUUAUUUACAUUCUUAGUAUUCUCACACACCUAGGUUAUUUAAUUUAACACAAAGCUCAAACAAUUCAGUUCAGCUUCAGAUUCUUCAAACUGAGAUCGCAGCAUGCUCUGCGCGAUUGGCACAUGCAGCAGCAGAAUUGUGUUUUUCUCUUUUGAUUAAUUCGCCGCCAACUUCGAUCGAACAGACAUUACUCCACUACUGCUACUACUACUACUACUUCUACUACUGCUAAUAUUGCUUUGAAGAGUUUUGUUAUAGUCAGUGAGAGAGAGAGAGAAAGAGCGAGAGAGAGAGAGAGAGAGAGAGAGAGAGAGAGAUGUUGUUAGAUCACGCAUGCAAAGUGCAAAUUACUUAUACAAUACAGAUCAACAAAAAAAGGUGAACAACAGUGCUAGAGUUUUAAGCAGAGAAAAUAAAUCGAAUUUAGGACAUAAUUGUUAGAAUUGUAAGAUUUUUUUAUACAACAAAUGAGCAUAAAACAAACAAAAUUAUCAGGAACUGUAUGUGAGACAGACGGUAAAACAAAAAACUGUGUUAUUGCAAAAAACCUCCAUAGGGUCAGUUUUGAUGACGUAAUGGUACUUAUAUUUUGAAACAUUUUUUAUGUUCGACUGGCAAAGUCGCAGAUACAAAAUAGAAAACAUUUUCAAAUAAAUGAGAAUUCAAUUCAUAUAUUUAAA